AUGAUAAUGGAGGUUGUUAGCGAUGUGGCAUCAUUGGAGGUUGAAUUGUUGCAGAUACCAGAGGUGUCUACUAUGGGACUCAAGUCUAAUUUCACCUUCGUUGAAACACUCUAUCACCAGUGGCUUUCCCUUCCUGAAACCAAUCGCUUGGCAACAUCAUUGCUAAAUGAUGUAAAGUCUGGAGUUCCCUUAAAUGUUCCGGGUAAUUGCUCAAGUCCAAAUGCUUCUGGCAAUUCUUUGCCUUCUAUGUUUCCCGCUGGCAGUGCACCACCUCUUUCACCGAGAAGUUCAUCUGGCUCCCCUCGCAUAGUGAAACAUAGAGUUGGCCUUUCUAAUCUGGGUUCUUCUUUUAAAGUUGUUAGCGAGCCUGUUAAAGAAGUUAUACCUCAGUUCUACUUUCAAAAUGGGCGGCCUCCGCCCAAUGAGCUGAAAGAACAAUGCUUGCUUAGAGUUGACCAUUUAUUCUCCGAUCACGGGCUGCAGAUACAUGAAUUCAAGUCGGUUACCAAGGAAAUAUGCAAGCUACCAUCUUUUCUUUCCACAUCUCUUUACAGAAAGAUCGAAAAUGGAGCUGGCAUUGUGACAAGGGAAGCAUUCAUUGAUUAUUGGAUCAAUGGCAACAUGCUGACAAUGGAUAUAGCGACCCAAAUAUACACAAUUUUGAAGCAACCACAGUUCAAUUACCUUACUCAGGAUGAUUUUAAACCUAUACUACGUGAGCUUUUGGCAACUCAUCCUGGGCUGGAGUUCCUGCAGAGCACACCUGAGUUUCAAGAGAGAUAUGCUGAAACCGUGAUAUAUAGAAUAUAUUACUUCAUCAAUAGAUCAGGAAAUGGUCGUCUUACCCUGAGGGAGCUGAAGCGCGGAAAUAUAAUUGAUGCAAUGCAGCAUGCCGAUGAAGAAGAAGACAUCAACAAAGUUUUGAGAUACUUCUCUUAUGAACACUUUUAUGUUAUAUACUGCAAGUUUUGGGAGCUGGAUACAGAUCAUGAUUUCUUGAUAGACAAAGAGAAUCUUAUCAGAUAUGGCAACCAUGCACUUACCUAUCGGAUUGUCGAUAGAAUAUUUUCUCAGGUUCCAAGAAAGUUUACUAGUAAAGUUGAGGGAAAGAUGGGAUAUGAAGAUUUUGUUUAUUUCAUACUAUCAGAAGAGGACAAAACAUCUGAGCCAAGUCUUGAGUAUUGGUUUAAGUGUGUUGAUUUGGAUGGAAAUGGAGUUCUAACAAGGAAUGAACUGCAAUUUUUCUACGAGGAGCAACUGCAUCGAAUGGAGUGCAUGGCUCAAGAACCUGUUCUUUUUGAAGACAUACUGUGUCAAAUAAUUGACAUGGUUAAAUGUGAGAAUGAAAGCUAUAUCACUCCGCGUGACCUGAAAGGUGGUAAACUCUCUGGAAGCAUUUUCAAUAUCCUAUUCAAUCUAAAUAAGUUCAUGGCCUUUGAAACUCGGGACCCAUUUUUGAUUCGCCAGGAACGUGAGAAUCCUACGUUGACAGAGUGGGAUCGCUUUGCUCACAGAGAAUAUAUUAGGCUUUCAAUGGAAGAAGAUGUAGAGGAUGUUUCUAAUGGAAGUGCAGAAGUUUGGGAUGAAUCACUAGAAGCUCCCUUCUGA